UUGAAAGAGAUUGUGUUGAUUUGGUCAUGGAAAGCUCCAAAUCAAUUUGUGAUUGAAUGGAAACUUUCUGGCAAGAGCCUGCCGCUCUGCUUGAUUAAUUGGUGGAUAUUCAUCAAGAUUGGUUCAAGAUCAAUAAUUGCUAUAAAUAGGCAGUAAAGUGGCUAUGCUUAAGCAUGACUCAAAAACACUUCUUCCCUGACUAGCUCUCAAAGCAGCACAAUUUUCCUCCAAUUUGAUUAAAUUUUCAAGCCUGUUUGCAAUGGCGAAAACCUGCAUCGUUUUCAUCACUCUGAUGGCUCUCAGUUUCUCCCUCCUUGCUUCGGCAUUUGAUGAGCAACCACUGCAAGAUUUUUGCGUCGCGAAAGCCACUAGCCCAGUGGAUGUGAAUGGCAAGACUUGCAAGGAAGCCAGCAGCGUUACCGUAAACGAUUUCGUGUUCGCUGGUUUGCACCUCGCCGGCAACACCACAAAUCCUGCAGGCUUCAGCGCUACCCAAGUAUUUGCUGCUGAGCUGCCAGGGCUGAACACCCUGGGCAUCUCCAUGCUACGCUUUGAUUUUGCGCCAUGGGGGGUGAACGCCCCUCACGUUCACCCCAGAGCCACUGAAAUGAUCACUGUUCUUGACGGAGCUCUCGAAGUCGGCUUCAUAACUUCAGCUCCUGAUAACAAGCUUUUCGUCAAGGUCCUUCGAAAGGGCGACGCCUUCGUCUUUCCUGUGGGACUUGUCCACUACCAGCGAAAUGUCGGCUAUGGAAAUGCUGUCGCCAUUGUUGCACUCAACGGCCAAAAUCCUGGUCUGGUAUCUGUUCCAAGCACCGUCUUCGGAUCAAACCCAGCCAUCCCUUCUGACGCUCUGGCCAAAUCAUUCCAGAUUGACGAGAGCACUGUGGAAGUGAUUCGAUCCAAGUUCUAGGCUAGCCGAAGUGGGAGUCAUGAACUGUGACCAAUUAUGCAAUUCCUUCAUACUAUGAAUUGGAGUUCAAUUUCAAGAUUUAUUAA